AUGGAUUUCUUAGCAUCAUUAAGAUCUUCAUCACCAAAAAUGUUCCAAGUUCUCAUUGCCAUUUGUGUCAUGGCUGCACUAGCUUGCCAGUCUGUGGAUGCUCAAGUUUUAGCAAAUGUGACAGCAGGGGCAUUCACACUUCAGGUGAAUUUAAGUAGUUCGACAUUUCUUGAAGAACUGAACAUUAGCAAAUCAGACUUUCCAAGUGAUUUUAUUUUUGGAGUUGGUACUGCUGCUGCACAGACUGAAGGGUCGCCCAAUGAAGGAGGGAGGGGACAAAGUGUUUGGGAUUAUCGUGCUAAAAUACUCCCAGGUUCACAUAUCUUUUCAGCAGUUGAUGGAUAUAAAAGAUACAAGGAGGAUAUUUUGCUCAUCAAGGACCUUGGAGUAAAUUCUUACCGAUUCUCCAUCUCGUGGACUAGGAUCUUGCCAAAUGGAAGCUUAAGUGGCGGAAUUAACCAAGAGGGUGUUGAUCACUAUAACAGUUUGAUUGAUGAAUUAGUAAAAAAUGGAAUCACACCUUUUGUGACGAUUUUACACUUUGACUUGCCACAAGCCGUCGAAGAGAAGUAUGGAGGUUACUUGAAUCGCUCAUUUGUGGAUGACUUUAGAGACUAUAGUGAACUUUGUUUCAAGUUAUUUGGAGACAGAGUUAAACAUUGGUUCACAUUUAAUGAGCCAAGAAUUAUUGCAUCUUACGGUUAUGAGUUGGGGAUUGCCCCACCAGGGAGGUGUUCACUUCCAAAAGAUAUAUGUGUAUUUAAAUCUCCAGUUCCAGGGAAAUGUUUUAUGCCCGUAGGUCCGUGUAACUUGGGUGGUAACUCAUCCACUGAACCUUACAUUGUAGCCCAUAACCUCAUUCUUGCUCAUGCCACCGUGGCUAAACUUUACCGAGAAAAAUAUCAGGCAAAACAAAAAGGUGAAGUUGGAAUUGUGCUUGUUACACCAUAUUAUGUGCCUUAUUCAAAAUCACAAGAAGAUCAAGAUGCAGCAAAUCGACUUUUCGACUUCUACUUAGGAUGGUUUAUGGAUCCAUUUGUGUUUGGAGAGUAUCCAAAAAGCAUGAGGGAGUUGGUGAAGGAGAGGCUGCCUGAGUUUACUGAAGAAGAGAAAGUGAUGGUUAAGGGAAGUUUAGAUUUUCUUGCGAUGAAUUAUUACGCAUCAAGUUAUGCUAAAAAUAAGCCACCAUCUCCAAAUGAAGUGUUGCGCUACACUCUCGAUGCAGCAGCCGAAAUCAUAGAUGGCAAAGAUGCUCCUGGUUUGGGACAUGGAAAUUGGCCAGAAGGGCUGGAGAAAUUGAUGAACUAUAUAAAGGACAAAUACAAUAACCCCAAAGUCUACAUUGCUGAAAACGGAAUUGCUGGUGUCAGGAAUGAUGCUCUUGACCUUAAUGUACAAUUAAACGACGCGUCUCGAAUUAUCUAUGUUGUUCGUCACUUGUACCGACUCAAUAAGGCGAUUAAGAAUGGAGUGAAUGUCAAAGGAUACUUCCAUUGGGCUCUAAUGGAUGAUUUUGAAUGGGGCAUGGGGUUUAGGAGCAGAUUUGGGCUUUAUUACGUUGAUUUCAACAGAAACUACACUCGUAUCCCCAAGAACUCUGUUUUGUGGUUCCACAAUUUCUUGAAUGGCACGUAUGAGAGUGACGUAUACAAGAAUGCAGCUAAUAGUUUUACAAAGUGGUUGAAAGAUUUGUCUAAACCCAAAGGAGGGCUACGUGGCCUUUCGAUGAAUUAA